AGCUGAAGAAGAAACUGAAUGCUCUUUUUUUUUUCCUUCCCUCCCCACCCUUUUCCAUCCGGAGAGGAAAAAAAACCCACAGUCGGCAAAGCAAAUCUCCACAGACCGGCUGCUGGGGGAAAAAACUGUUAGCCGCCUCUCCCAGAUCUGCGAGGGGGAGAAAAAUCGGACCAUAAAGUUGAAAACUUUUUUCUCUCAGUUUGGAAGAAGCCGUUCAUCAUGAGUGGGACCGGCGGCGCUCGGGCCACAGGAGGCGAGAGGUGCAGAGGAGGGGAGAUUUCUCGCCUGCCGCUCGCGCUGGGGCUCGAUGUGAAUAUAUAUUAUGUCUGCCUGUUCUCCCCUCGUCGGUGGCUAAGGUCAGCCGGUCGGAACAGACCCGGGAGGAGGGGGGCAGAAAGGGGAAGGGGGGGGUCCGGCGCGUCACGUGACCCCCCAGGGGUGCCAAUGUCCGGUCGUGAGGGUAUCAGGCCCCUGCAAGUUGCCACCCACUGCCCGGGCCUCGCCCAGCGAUGCAGAAAGCUACCUACUACGACAACGCGGCGGCUGCGCUCUUCGGAGGCUACUCCUCGUACUCUGGCAGCAAUGGCUUCGGCUACGACGGGCCCCCCCAGCCCCCCUUCCAGGCCGCCACACACCUGGAGGGCGACUACCAGCGCUCCGCGUGCUCGCUGCAGUCCCUGGGCAACGGCGCCCCGCAUGCCAAGGGCAAGGAACUCAACGGCAGCUGCAUGAGGCCCGGCCUGGCCCCGGAGCCCCUGCCCGCGCCGCCGGGCUCGCCCCCGCCCAGCGCCGCACCUACCAGUACCACAAGCAACGGCAGUAAUGGGGGCGGACCCGGCAAAAGCGGGCCCCCCAAGUGCGGCCCCGGCUCCAACUCCACCCUCACCAAACAGAUAUUCCCCUGGAUGAAAGAGUCGAGGCAAACGUCCAAGCUGAAAAGCAGCUCCCCCGGCUCAGCAGAGGGCUGCGGCGGCGGCGGCGGCGGCGGAGGUGGGGGCGGCGGCGGGGGCGGUGGUGGCGGCGGCGGCGGCGGGGGAGGGGACAAGAGCCCCCCGGGGUCAGCGGCGUCCAAGCGGGCGCGGACGGCGUACACGAGCGCGCAGCUGGUGGAGCUGGAGAAGGAGUUCCACUUCAACCGCUACCUGUGCCGGCCGCGCCGCGUGGAGAUGGCCAACCUGCUGAACCUCAGCGAGCGCCAGAUCAAGAUCUGGUUCCAGAACCGGCGCAUGAAGUACAAGAAGGACCAGAAGGCCAAGGGGCUGGCCUCGUCGUCGGGGGGCCCCUCCCCCGCCGGCAGCCCCCCGCAACCCAUGCAGUCCACGGCCGGCUUCAUGAACGCCUUACACUCCAUGACCCCCAGCUACGAGAGCCCGUCCCCACCCGCCUUCGGCAAAGCCCACCAGAACGCCUACGCGCUGCCCGCCAGCUACCAGCCGCCCCUCAAGGGCUGCGGCGCCGCGCAGAAGUACCCCCCGACCCCGGCACCCGAGUACGAGCCCCACGGCCUCCAAGCCAACGGGGGCGCCUACGCGACGCCCACCCUGCCGGGCAGCCCGGUGUACGUGGGCGGGGGCGGCUACUCGGAUCCGCUGCCGCCCCCUGCCGGCCCCUCCCUCUACAGCCUCAACCACCUGUCCCACCACCCCUCGGGGAACCUGGACUACAACGGGGCGCCCCCUAUGGCCCCCAGCCAGCACCAUGGACCCUGCGACCCCCACCCCACCUACACAGACCUCUCCUCUCACCACGCGCCUCCUCCUCCACCUCCUCCUCAGGGUAGAAUCCAAGAAGCGCCCAAGUUGACACACCUGUGAUGGCUGAGGAAGGGCCGAGGGACGGGGUCAAGGGCGAGGUGCGAGGAGGGGCCUCCUGCGGGUCUGGAAGGAGGGGACGGGGCGCUGGCGGCUGAGUGGCCCCGGAGCUCUUUCCCCUCCCCCGGCCUCAGGGGCUGCAUUGAAGUCCCUCGCCCGUUCUUCCAUCUGCCUGCCAACCCAUGGGAGAGGAAUCCACGGCAGAUUGGAGAUGACCCCGUCAGCCUGGGGGGGGUGGGGUGCUCCAGCACUACCAAGCUGGAAUUCCAUGCUGAGGAGCAGGGUAGAGAAGAUGAAAUAGGAAAACAAGGCAGAGAAGCACAUUUUUUUUUUCUUUUUAAAGAAAACACACAGAUAAGAUGGCUAGGCCAUCCCCAAACAGUUGACUCACCUUCCACCUCUGUGGGUAAUUCCCCCAAAUCUUGAUUCUCUCUCCCCACCCCACCCCCAACUCUCCUUAAGAAAAUCAGAAGACACAUGUGAACCCCGGGGGAGCACACUCCCCACCCACAAGUCUGCUCCCGGUUAGCUGAGGUUGUUGGGGGGUGGGGGUGGGCACUGCCUCCAUUUCUAGGCCCAUGUUUUUCUGCUCUGGGACAUUCGUGUCCACCCUCACGCCGUCAAUCACAGUUUGCAGAGGGCUCAGGGAUGGUGAGAGAUCCUGAAAGAGCUAUAUGAGAAAUAUAUAUAUUUUUUUCUGUUCAGGAAGCUAGGAGGCUAGGGCAGGCCAGUUGUCAGGAUGAACACUUCCCUUGCUGUUGCCUCCCGGUUCAGCUCCAGGGCCCACCCCCACCUCCACAGCAAGCCACUAGCCGCAGGAGGUUCUCCGCUUUUCUUUUCUUCUGUUGCUCUCUUUGACUUAACGUGAAAACAGGGUAUAUUUGAACAAACUGUCUGUCCCAGGCGGGGGCUGCCGCUGGGCCUGUGUACCUUGCUCAGCCUCCUGACGGACACUUCUGUUGCACUUAGAGUUUACAUUUUAAUGGAUAUAAAAACAACUGUGAGAGAUGCCCGGGCCUGCAGAAGUCCAGCGUCGCUCAAAAAGCGUGUGUUCUAGUGAACAUUUUCAUAUAUAUUUAUUGGUUAUAGCCUGUUAAGCUAUUUUCUUUUUUGUAUUAUUUAUCCCCUUACAUUACGUAUUUAUAUAAGGGAAAAAAGGAAAAAUUGUACUUUUUUAGUAUUUACUUGUUAUAAAGGACGUUGUGUUUCCUGUCAUGUAAGAGCAGCUAUUUUAGUUGAUUGUACUCUAGGGAAGAGCUGUAGAUUUAUGUUAAACUCGUACUUAUGAGCAAUUGUAAUUAGUUCUAAAAGGCAUGAACUCAGCUCCUGAUUGUCACUGUGUAGUCCUGAAUUUGUAGAAUUAGAGCCAGUUCCCUCCUGGAAGUUACUUUGUUCUUCCGUAGUUACUUUUUUCCUUACUGGAAAGGGUUGUCUGUCAAACAAUUCUUGAAUAAAC